AAAGUGUGGUGUCCGCGCGCGCCCGCAGCAAGCGAAGAGCGAGAAACCCGGAGAAGGAGAGAAUGGGGCGACUGAAUCCACAACAAGAAGAGGAAUAAUAAUAACCCACCGACGAGAAGACCGAGAAACACUCGUAGACGGAGGAGAACUAAGAGACGAAGAAAAGUUUGGGCAGAGGAACAGACUCUUGCGGCCAUGGAUACACUUUCCUCUGUAUUCCUGAGAGUCCUGUUUCUCUGGUCGACCGUCGGUCGCGUCUCCGCUCAAUUACCGACAGCUCAUAUGGGGCGUGCUGAAAAGGGAAGCUGUACGUUUGAUGAGGGCUUCUCUCAGUGUGAUUACCAACAAGAUCCUUAUGACGACUUUGACUGGAUGCACAUCAAUACCCAGGAAGUGCCAUAUGUUUCACCAGACCUGCCGCAAGGUUCCUACAUGUAUGUUGAUGUAUCUCAGUAUGAUGUUGGCGAGAAGGCCAGGUUUCAGCUGCCAGUGAUGAAGGAGAAUGAUACUCACUGUAUCGACUUCAACUAUCUCCUCAGCAGCCCUGACGGCUCCAGCCCUGGCACCCUCAAUAUCCUCGUGAAGGUAAACAAGGGUCCGCUGGCAAACCCCAUAUGGAACGUGACCUCCUAUACUGGUAAAGGCUGGCUCAAAGCUGAACUUGCCGUCUCCACCUUCUGGCCCAAUGAAUAUCAGGUUAUAUUUGAAGCAGAGGUUUCGGACAGCAAAACUGGCUUCAUCGCCAUAGAUGACAUUCAGGUGCUCAGCUACCCAUGCGAUAAAUCCCCUCAUUUCCUGCGUCUUGGGGACGUGGAGGUGAAUGCUGGACAAAAUGCCACAUUUCAAUGCAUCGCCACAGGACGAGACACCUCGAACAACAAACUGUGGCUACAGCGGAGAAACGGCGAGGAUAUUCCUGUAGCACUGACCAAAAACAUCAACCACAGAAGGUUUGCAGCCACAUUCCACCUCAACGAAGUCACAAGCCAGGGUCAAGAUCUGUAUCGUUGCGUCACCCAGUCAGAGCGAGGCUCUGGGGUGUCUAACUUUGCAGGUCUCAUUGUGAGAGAGCCUCCGCACCCCAUUGCCCCACCACAGCUGUUAGGUGUCGGCCCUACGUACCUUCUGAUUCAGCUCAACGCAAACUCUAUAUUUGGAGAUGGACCUAUUAUAUUAAAAGAGGUUGAGUACCGGAUGACGUCAGGCAGCUGGACAGAGACUCAUGCUGUGAAUUCCCCCAACUACAAGUUAUGGCACCUGGAUCCAGACACGGAGUACGAGAUCAGAGUAUUGCUGACGAGACCAGGAGAGGGAGGGACGGGCAAAGCUGGGCCACCUCUCAUUACUCGGACCAAAUGUGCAGAGCCCAUGCGGACUCCAAAGAGGCUGAAGAUUGCUGAGACCAGGUCUCGUUUGAUCGCAGUGGACUGGGAAUCCCUGGGUUACAACAUCACUCGCUGUCACACUUUUAAUGUUACCAUCUGCUACCAUUACAUGACUGCCAACAACCGCAGCAAAGCUGACUGCUUGGAUAUGGAUCCUAAAGCUCCACGUCACCUGGUGGGAAACCUGCCCCCCUACACCAAUGUCAGUCUGAAGAUGAUUCUGACCAAUCCAGAGGGGAGGAAAGAGAGUGACGAGACCAUCAUUCAAACUGAUGAAGAUGUUCCAGGACCUGUUCCCAGUUUAUCACUUAGAGCCACUCCAUCUGAAGAGACCAUAAGCCUUUACUGGAAGGAACCAGCUGAGCCCAAUGGAGUCAUCAUACAAUAUGAGAUCAGCUACAGCGCUCUGCGCUCUUUUGACCCUUCAGUGCCUCUGCAAAGACCGGGGCUGACAGUGUCUCUGCCCUCCAACGCCACUCAUCACACAUUCUCCCAGCUUCACCCAGGUGUCACGUACCAGCUCUCAAUACGAGCAUCUACCUCCAAAGGCUUUGGUCCUGCAGCCACACUGAAUGUCACAACUAAUAUCUCAGCUCCGACAAUAGAUGAGUACGAUGUAUCGGAGGCAUUUCUGAAUGAAACUGCAACAACCAUCACCGUCCUGCUCAAACCUGCUCAAGCUAAAGGAGCACCUAUAAGCGCAUACCAGAUUGUAGUGGAGGAGGUGAAUCCUCAAAGGACACGUCGGCAAGCUUCUUCUGACUGUUACGAGGUUCCAGUUUCCUACCACAGCGCAUCUAGUGGUGGAUCCCCAUAUUAUUAUGCAGCCCAGCUGUCCCCAAGUAACCUGCCUGAGCCCCUCCCCUUUACCGUUGGAGACAACAAGACAUAUCAGGGCUUUUGGAAUCCUCCAUUGGCUCCAAGGAAAAACUAUAACAUCUACCUUCAAGCUGUUAGCAGCACGGAGAGGGAAACUAAGACUCAGUGUCUGAGACUGGCAGCUAAACGUGCCACAGAAGAGCCUGAGGUCAUCCCUGACCCUGCCAAACAGACGGAUCGUGUGGUGAAAAUCGCUGGAAUUAGUGCUGGUGUUCUUGUUUUUAUACUCCUGGUGCUGGUAGCCAUCCUGUUGGUGAAGAAGAGGAGGACCUACUAUUCAUACUCUUAUUACCUUCAUGUGAUCAUCCAUCCGCCCAUCAAGUCACAGGUACCAUGGAAACUGGCUAAAAAACGCAAAGAUGUCAUUGGAACAACAAGGCAGGAAAUGACACACAUGGUGAACGCAAUGGACCGCAGUUACGCUGACCAGAGCACUUUGCAUGGAGAAGACCCCAUGGCUGUAACGUUCAUGGACUCUCACAACUACAACAACAGAUCACCCAACGACCCUCUGGUUCCUACUGCUGUAUUAGAUGAGAACCACAGCGCCUCUGCUGCAGAGAACAGCAGGCUUCUGGAUGUUCCUCGCUAUCACUGUGAAGGAACCGAGUCUCCUUAUCAGACAGGACAGCUGCACCCGGCCAUCAGAGUGGCCGACCUCCUGCAGCACAUCAACCUCAUGAAAACAUCUGACAGCUACGGCUUCAAGGAGGAAUAUGAAAGCUUCUUCGAGGGCCAGUCGGCCUCCUGGGAUGUGGCCAAGAAAGAGCAGAAUCGCACUAAAAACCGCUAUGGGAACAUUAUAGCAUAUGAUCAUUCAAGGGUUAUUCUGCAGCCCACAGAAGACGACCCUUCCUCCGACUACAUCAAUGCCAACUACAUCGAUGUAAGUGGAAACGCAUCGAAUGCUACUAUUGGCUCCCAACGAAACCAACGAAACCACACUCCCUCGCUCAUUUGGCUGUACAGGGAUGGGUACCAGAGACCAAGUCACUACAUCGCCACUCAGGGUCCUGUUCAUGAGACGGUAUAUGAUUUCUGGAGGAUGGUGUGGCAGGAACAGUCGGCCUGCAUCGUCAUGGUUACCAAUCUGGUGGAGGUGGGAAGGGUUAAGUGCUACAAGUAUUGGCCGGAUGAUGCUGAGGUGUAUGGAGACUUCAAGGUGACAUUUGUGGAGGUUGAACCCCUGGCUGAAUAUGUGGUUCGCACAUUUACUCUGGAGAGGCGUGGUUUCAACGAGGUUCGGGAGGUCAAGCAGUUCCACUUCACGGGCUGGCCUGAUCAUGGAGUUCCAUAUCAUGCCACCGGACUACUGUCCUUCAUCCGCAGAGUUAAAAUCUCCAAUCCACCCUCUGCUGGGCCGAUUGUGGUCCACUGCAGCGCUGGGGCCGGACGCACAGGUUGCUUCAUCGUCAUUGACAUCAUGCUGGACAUGGCAGAGAGAGAAGGAGUGGUCGACAUCUACAACUGUGUGAAGGCUCUUCGCUCCAGGAGGAUCAACAUGGUACAGACUGAGGAGCAGUAUAUUUUCAUCCAUGACGCCAUCCUAGAAGCUUGUCUGUGUGGAGAAACAGCCAUACCAGUGUGUGAGUUCAAAGCAGCGUUUUAUGAGCUGAUCCGCAUCGACUCCCAAACCAACUCUUCCCACCUGAAGGAUGAGUUUCAGACAUUAAACUCAGUGACUCCUCAGCCUCAACCAGAAGACUGCAGCAUUGCGUUGUUGCCAAGAAACCAAGAUAAGAACCGCUUUAUGGAUGGCCUUCCUCCCGAUAGAUGCCUGCCCUUCCUCAUUACAAUAGAUGGGGAAAGCAGCAACUACAUCAACGCCGCUUUGAUGGAUCUGUCAGAAGAGUUUCAGAGCUACCGACAGCCUGCUGCGUUCAUUGUUACCCAACACCCGCUCCCCAACACCGUCAAAGACUUUUGGCGUCUAGUUUAUGACUAUGGAUGUACCAGUCUGGUGAUGCUGAAUGAGAUUGACCUGGCGCAGGGUUGUCCUCAGUACUGGCCGGAGGAGGGUAUGCUGCGUUACGGUCCAGUCCAGGUGGAAUGUAUGUCUUGCUCAAUGGACUGUGAUGUUAUCAGCAGACUCUUCAGAGUGUGCAACCUCACCAGGCCUCAGGAAGGUUACCUAAUGGUUCGUCAGUUCCAGUACCUGGGAUGGGCGGGGCAUAGAGAGAUCCCCGCCUCCAAACGCUCUUUCCUCAAAUUGAUCCUUCAAGUUGACCAGUGGCAGCGUGAGGGAGAGGAGGGAGAAGGAAGAACAAUAGUGCACUGCUUGAACGGCGGUGGGCGUAGUGGUGUUUUGUGUGCCAGCAGCAUUGUGUGUGAGAUGGCUAAGAGACAGAAUGUGGUUGACGUCUUCCACGCUGUGAAGACCUUGAGGAACAGCAAGCCCAACAUGGUGGAUACUCCGGAACAGUAUCGCUUCUGCUACGACCUGGCACUGGAGUUCAUUGAGUCGUCCUAAGCAGAGUGUGGAAGAGGGAGGUGGUGAAGAAGAGGUGAAGAAGAGCUGGGGAACAUCUGUACACUUCUCACGUGUUUGAUGCUUUGCUUUUGUUUGGUCCUGAAGCCCUUUUUUUGAUGGCCUUUCUGUUGAAUCCAACAUGGACUAUAAGUGCAGAGGGCUCCUUUAUGCAGUGGACUUUGAACAAGAAAUGUGGUGGAGAAGACUGCAGCAGCAGAAGAGGAGAAGUGAAUUGUUUUAUUCUUUUAUGUUUAUUGUACAGUUUUUCGAGUGCCAGAGGGCCCUUUUAUGUUUUAGGCCCCGAUUUAAAUGUUAGGCUCUCACCGCAGCCCCCUCCUACAGACUCGUUACUUUGUGCUGCAGUACUCAGUGUGCACUGUAGAUGUCUCCCUUCCCUUUGCAAUCUGCACUCAGCUUUUGAUUUUAAAAAAGGUUUUAAAAAAUGCAAGUUAUAGCUUUUCAGUGGCCCCACUUUCUGGCUAUCAUGCUAAUCUCAGAGUACUUUAGCUUGCCAGGCAUUUCAUCAUGGCGAUGUUUAAAUAAUUUCAACCACUGCUUUUGUAUCAGAAAGGGAAGACUAAAGUUGCAACCGAGCCAGACUCUGUGGACGCUUCUUUUUCUGAUCUACACCUCCUUAUGUUAUUUUUUCCGUUCAUUUCAGUGAACAAUUGAGCACCAUUUUCUAGAAAUACUUUACAGAUACUUUUAUUCCAUUUUAAAUUAGUCCCACAGAGAGGAUUAAAGACGGACAACGGAACAGAGAUUUAAGUGUUAAAAACAAAUUGAUUAUCAAUAUAGGUUUACAAGUUUAUUAUUUUGUAUUUGGUUUUUUCGUAUCAUGUACUGUUUUAUUGGGUAGAAGUUAGAAAGUCUUCUUUUCUACCCCAAAUUGUGAAAUUGAACACGUUUGAUUAUAAUCAUGUUUGUUGCAGGGCUGGGCCCAAUGCACUUUCAAUUCAGCCAGUUCACAAUGGAAAACCUUUCAAAACUCAAAAACACUAAAUAAAAAUAGAACAAAUUUAGGUCAAGACACAAACCUCAACGUUCUGUCCAAAAAGACUGAGGUUUAAUCUGAUUUCAUGAACUAAAUCACAGUUUCCAUUUAGGACUUGAAUGGGAUUGGAAGUGAGCUGACCCCAGGCUUCAUUUUUAUUUCCUUUUGUGCACUGGUGGCCAACAUUUUUUGUUUUUGUUUUAAUAUUAUUUUGUAGCUGAUGUUUAAUCAUAAGCCAAAGACUGUGUAAAUAUGUCUAUAUAGAUAAAGCACAUUGUUUGUAUUUAUUGUUUGUUUACUUGCAUUGCUUGUAAGAACAAUCAUUUUUCAUUCCACGUUUACUCGACCACCAGCGUUUCUUAAACUGUUUCGGGACACAAAAUGGGCAGUUUUUCCUCUAGAGUCUUGAGGGUAUUUGAUUUAACGAGCCCAUAAUGGUUCCCAAGCUUAGAGAUUAAAGAUUACACUUUCUCAGUUUGGGUCCAUAAAAGAAGAGUUUAAGAACCCCUGAUUGAAGCUGUAUAUUGAAGCUUUAGAAGUAGUCUUUCAGUAUUUAGGUGGAAUCCAGUAAUAUUGUCUUUGUUUUUCACCUGACAAAUCUCCGUGACGUUACUGUGUUGUUUUUUUUUUGUGUACAAGCCCACUGCUCUUUUCAUGGUCAGGACAACAUCAGUGCAUUGAUGUGCAUAAAGUAUUUCGGAUAAUAGCUCCUAUCCCUCUUAACGUCUUAGUCGGGAUAAGCUGUUUAUCUUCAUCCACAUAUCCUGUUCACCAUUAUCCCUGAAAUCACACCGACUGUGAUGAAACAGGCUUAGUGAGUGGAACAUGCAGAACUGUGAUACAAAUACAUUUAUUGUGCCUAAUCAUUUGAAUUUCUUUGUUCAAACAAGCAUUUUAACAGUAUCUUUGAGCGCUACAAUGCGUUCUCAUGGACGAUCACUGUUUUGAAAACCUUAAAUCAUCAUUUGUUGUGUUUAAUUCAUUAGGAUGCUUCUUUGUGAGGCUUUAUGAGCUUAUUGAAUUUAAAAUACUUCUGUUUGUGCACAAGUUAUAGAGACAAAAAAAAAAGAAAUAAAAUAAAAACUUUAUUGUAAAUAAAAUGUCAGAUGCUCUGCCCGGUUGGAGCAGCUUGUAAGGAUGUUCUUGUAAGUAAAUAUCAUAUCAUUUGCGUAAGAGGGCUUGAUUGUUGAACUAACAGUAGAGAUCUAGUUGAUGGAUGAAAUUUCAGAAAAUUUGUUUUGUAAUUGAUUAAUUCCAGACUGUACACCUGGUGAAUUUAACAUCAUAAGAGGUGGUGUUCAAAACGCUUUCAGUUUUUACCAGGUGCAUGAGUUUUUCCUCUUAUUUUUUUAACUGUUGGUGAAACAUCAGUUUUCACAUUUAUUUCUUCACAUUUCUGGUCUGACCUGCAGAAGGGAACAGAAAUGCAGAGACCUUGUGUUUAUCCAGCUUUAUCUUUUCUCCGGUGAUGUUGGGGUUUGCCAGUUGUACAAAAGGAACGACCUGUCCAGUCAUACCCAUUCACCUCAAGUAAAUUCUGUCUGGUGAAAUUGGUCUGGUACCUCCUCCAUUCCCAACCAUUUCCUCUGGCACAGAAUGUACCUACGUACCUAAGUAUUUAUUUCAACAUAGAUGAUAAAGAACAUAAUCUAUGUCCAUAAAUAUUUUUGCAGGUGAGUUCAUAUCAGCUCCAGACCUUGGUCAGGCAGACAGCAUGAGUGAUGCUUGUGCUUAACGUGCAUCCCUCUACUUGGUUCAUUCCAGAUACACCAACUCGUUCAUUUGUCUGCCCAAAGUCAAAUCCAGACGAACCAGACUACUUCUUUAUAUCUAAGAGGAGAAGAAUUUGGAUGGCUGGUCAGACUCGAUUCCAAGGUGUUUACAAAAAGUAAAUACAGUAUAUACAACUCUAUUAACUUUAAAUUUAAUGGGAAAAAAAUAACAUUCCUCCAUCAUAAAAAUGAAGUUGUGGCCCUGGUGAAGCUGGUGUCUGGACGAGAGGCCAGUCUGAGUACAGAGUUGAUAUUCAUGAUUCAUAAUUAUUCCUGUCUGUAAUGUUUGGCUUCUUUGCUGUAAUAAACCACUUCUUUCACUACAA